ACGUGAUACGCUGAUACUGCAAGUCUACAGCACUUUCACGUCUCUCUUGAAAUCAAAUCUUUUAUCUCUUUCUCUUCGUCGUCACGGAGGCGAAGUAGCUACUCGAACUUAUUCACUUUCCUCCGUACUUUUCCGUGCAGAGAUCACAAGGAACAUUUUAGCUUCGAACCUACGAGAUCUUCAUCCGUGCACUCACGAGAUUUCACUUUUCUAUCCUCUCGAACCAGAAGGACUCGCUUUCAGUGCUUUUGAUCACGAGAGUUAUCUACUUUCUGGGUCAUCUUGGUCGAAUUGGCUGGUUUAGAGAGACUAAGAAAUAGAGCGGGUCAGUAAAGUGAGUGAGAUAAAAAGUGAGAUGGCGACUCGGCACCUUGAGAAAAUGGCCUCAAUUGAUGCUCAAUUGAGGUUACUGGCACCUGCGAAGGUGUCCGAUGAUGACAAGUUGGUCGAGUAUGACGCUUUGCUGCUGGAUCGCUUCCUUGAUAUUCUUCAGGAUUUGCAUGGAGAAGACAUCAGAGAAACGGUCCAAGAGUGUUAUGAAAGGUCAGCUGAGUACGAAGGGAAGCAUGACACUCAGAAGUUGGAGGAACUUGGGAAUAUGCUAACUGGACUUGAUGCUGGGGACUCCAUUGUUGUUGCCAAAUCAUUUUCUCACAUGCUUAAUUUGGCCAAUUUGGCAGAGGAGGUUCAGAUUGCAUAUAGAAGAAGGAUCAAGUUGUUGAAGAAGGGUGAUUUUGCGGAUGAGAACUCUGCCAUCACUGAAUCAGAUAUUGAAGAGACCUUCAAGAGGCUUGUGAACCAACUAAACAAGACCCCAGAGCAAGUCUUUGAUGCCUUGAAGAGCCAGACUGUUGAUUUGGUCUUAACUGCUCACCCUACUCAGUCUGUUCGUCGAUCUUUGCUUCAAAAGCAUGGAAGGAUAAGGGAUUGUUUGACUCAGUUAUAUGCCAAAGACAUAACACCUGAUGAUAAGCAGGAACUUGAUGAGGCUUUGCAAAGAGAGAUUCAAGCUGCAUUUCGUACGGAUGAAAUUCGAAGGACUCCUCCUACCCCACAAGAUGAGAUGAGGGCAGGAAUGAGCUACUUCCAUGAGACAAUCUGGAAGGGUGUACCAAAGUUUUUGCGUCGGGUUGACACAGCUUUGAAGAACAUUGGAAUAAAUGAGCGUGUCCCAUAUAAUGCUCCUGUCAUUCAAUUCUCUUCUUGGAUGGGAGGGGAUCGUGAUGGGAACCCCAGAGUUACCCCUGAGGUUACGAGGGAUGUGUGCUUAUUGGCCAGAAUGAUGGCUGCUAAUUUAUAUUUCUCUCAAAUUGAGGAUCUCAUGUUUGAGUUGUCCAUGUGGCGGUGCAAUGAUGAGCUCCGUGUUCGUGCUGAUCAACUCCAUGGAUCCUCUAAGAGAGAUGCUAAACAUUAUAUUGAGUUUUGGAAACAAAUUCCUCCAAAUGAGCCAUAUCGUGUUAUUCUAGGUGAUGUGAGGGACAAAUUAUAUAAUACACGUGAACGUGCUCGCCACAUUUUAGCCCAUGGAAACUCUGACAUUGCUGAAGAGACAACCUUCACAAAUGUUGAGCAGUUCCUGGAGCCUCUGGAGCUCUGCUAUAGGUCACUCUGUGCUUGUGGUGAUCGUGCAAUUGCUGAUGGAAGCCUCCUUGAUUUCUUAAGGCAAGUUUCUACAUUUGGACUCUCAAUUGUGAGACUUGACAUCCGGCAAGAAUCAGACAGGCACACUGAUGUCAUGAAUGCCAUCACACAACAUUUGGACAUUGGGUCUUACCGAGAAUGGUCUGAGGAACGCAGGCAAGAAUGGCUCUUAUCUGAACUUAGUGGCAAGCGUCCCCUCUUUGGCCCUGACCUUCCCAAAACUGAAGAAAUUGCUGAUGUUUUAGAAACCUUCCAUGUCAUUUCAGAGCUUCCUUCAGAUAGCUUCGGAGCCUACAUCAUCUCAAUGGCAACAGCACCAUCCGAUGUGCUUGCCGUAGAACUUCUACAACGUGAAUGUCAUGUGAAAGAGCCUUUAAGAGUUGUCCCAUUGUUUGAAAAGCUUGCUGAUCUUGAAGCAGCACCAGCUGCAGUAGCUCGCCUAUUCUCUAUUGAUUGGUACAGAAACCGGAUCAAUGGAAAGCAAGAGGUUAUGAUUGGAUACUCAGAUUCAGGUAAAGAUGCUGGGCGCCUUUCAGCAGCUUGGGCACUGUACAAGGCUCAAGAAGAGCUGAUACAUGUUGCUAAAGAGUUUGGUGUGAAGCUUACGAUGUUCCAUGGCAGAGGAGGGACUGUUGGAAGAGGGGGAGGUCCUACUCAUCUUGCUAUAUUGUCUCAGCCUCCAGAGACUAUUCAUGGGUCUCUUCGUGUGACAGUCCAAGGUGAAGUUAUUGAACAGUCUUUUGGAGAGGAGCACUUGUGCUUUAGGACACUUCAGCGCUUCACUGCUGCUACACUCGAGCAUGGAAUGCACCCUCCUGUGUCGCCUAAACCAGAAUGGCGUGCUCUCUUGGAUGAGAUGGCAAUCAUUGCCACAAAGGAGUAUCGCUCCAUUGUUUUCCAGGAACCACGCUUCGUUGAAUACUUCAGAUGUGCUACACCUGAGUUGGAGUAUGGAAGAAUGAACAUUGGAAGUCGUCCAUCAAAGAGAAAACCAAGUGGAGGGAUUGAAUCACUGCGAGCUAUCCCAUGGAUAUUUGCAUGGACGCAGACAAGGUUUCAUUUACCAGUGUGGCUUGGCUUUGGUGCAGCAUUUAAGCAUGCAAUUGAGAAGGAUCCUAGGAAUCUCCAAAUGCUUCAAGAUAUGUACAAUCAGUGGCCGUUCUUCAGGGUCACUCUUGACCUGGUUGAGAUGGUGUUCGCCAAGGGAGACCCAGGGAUUGCUGCAUUAUAUGAUAAACUUUUAGUCUCAGGAGAACUGUUGUCAUUUGGAGAGCGUCUAAGGGAUAAAUUUGAAGAAACCAAGAGUUUCCUCCUCCAGAUUGCGGGGCAUAAAGAUCUUCUGGAAGGGGACCCAUACCUGAAGCAAAGACUGCGUCUUCGAGAUUCAUACAUCACAACCCUGAACGUGUUGCAGGCAUACACAUUGAAGAGAAUACGUGAUCCGGACUACCACGUGAAGUUGAGGCCACACUUAUCAAAGGAGUACAUGGAAUCAGGGAAGCCGGCGGCAGAACUUGUCAAGCUUAAUCCUAAAAGCGAGUAUGCUCCUGGUCUUGAGGAUACCCUUAUUUUGACCAUGAAAGGCAUUGCUGCUGGCAUGCAGAACACUGGCUAAGCCAUGCGUGUCUUUGCUUUUUCUUAUGCCGAGGAUAUAUAACUUCAAAUAUUGUUAUCUAUUUGGAUUUGCAUCAAAGUAACUAUAUUACCCUAUAUCCAUAUAUAAAUAAAGCCAGGCUUUGUCUUGUACUGCCAA